GGAGGUUGGACAUCGCCGCACGGCCAGGCCGAAGAUGCUCAGCCUCGCCUCCUCCUACACCGCCUUCGGAUUCGCGCCGGGCGCGGCUGCGGCCGUUUUGCCGGCGCGACGCGUUAUGAUCGCGGCCGCGUCGCACCCGGCCAUGUCGGCCACGGGCACGGAGACGCUCGACUUCACCGGCGGUGCACUCCGCAACAACAAGGACCUGACUGACACGGACCUGACGCGGAUGGGCCGGCGGGCGCGGCCGAACAUCGACUGGUCCAACCUGCGCGCGCGGCUCGAGGUCGAGUUUGGCUUCAAGGAGGAGGAGCUCAAGCAGUACGACGACGUGUCAAAGGCGGACCUCCUCAAGGGGUACGAGAUGAUGCAGCUGUGCCGUCAGUUCGAGAACGCCUGCAACCAGGCGUACAUGCAGGGCCACAUCCGCGGCUUCAUGCACCUGGACAACGGCCAGGAGGCGAUCCCGGCGCUGAUUGCCGACGCGAUCAAGCCCGGCGACAAGGCCGUCUCGUACUACCGCGAGCACACGCACGCCCUCGCCAAGGGCGUCUCGCCCGACGCGAUCAUGGCGGAGCUGUGGGCAAAGGACGGCGGCACAUGCCGCGGGACGGGCGGGUCGAUGCACAUCUACGACAAGGAGACAAACUUCCAGGGCGGCUGGGCUCUCGUCUGCGAGCAGCUGCCGUACGCCGCCGGCGCCGCGCGCUCCAUCCUCCUCGACCGGCAGCUGGACCCCGACGGGACGAAAGACGACGACCGCAUCGCCGUCGUGUUCGUCGGCGAGGGCGGCGCGCAGAACGGGCGGAUGGCGGAGUGCCUCAACGCGGCCGCGAAGGAGAACCUGCCCCUCCUCUUCAUCGUCAUCGACAACGGGCGCGCCAUCAACACCUUCACGCCCGACGUCGCCGCCAACAACGACGUCUUCGAGCAGGGGCAGCACUACGGCGUGCCCGGCAUCCGCGUCGACGGCGGCUCGAUGGAGCAGACCCUCAAGACGGGGCGCGCCGUGGUCGACUACGUGCGCACGAAGGGGCCCGCCAUCAUGCAGGUGCACACGUACCGCUUCCAGGGCCACUCGCCCGCCGACCCGGAGCACGAGCGCGGCCGCAAGGACGAGAAGAAGUGGGCGCGCGCGGAGGCGGACCCGAUCAAGCUCUUCGAGGCGGACGAGGCGGCGAGCGGGCUCGACCUCGACGGCGCCCUCAAGAGCGUCAAGGCCGUCGUCAAGCAGUCGCUCGACUUUGCGCGCGAGUCGCCGCCGCCGCCCGCCGAGCUCGCGAAGGAGCUCGAGUUCCCGGACGCGCCGUCGACGGACUACAACGCGCGGCCGCCGCCCGCCGGCGCCGACGCGAUCACGCGAGCGACGACCGACCCGGAGGCGCUCGCCACUUGCGAGGCGCACGUCGCCGAGCUGCAGUCGCUGGCCAAGCGCGGCGAGAUCUCGAUCGCCGACGCCGUUAACCUCGCGGUGCUGGAGGAGAUGCUGCGCGACCCGACGACGGUCUGCCACGCGGAGGACCUGCAGGCGGGCUCGUCGUACAACAUCCCCAAGCUGACCCAGCAGACCUUCGGCAAGUUGCGCGGCGCGGACGAGAUCAUCGACGAGGGCCACUUCCUCGGCAAGGCGAUCGGGGAGGGCAUGAACGGCUACCGGCCGAUCGUCGAGAUGAUGAACACCAACUUCGCCAUCUACGCCAUGGCCGAGAUCUCGUCCGCGGGCAACACGUUCGCCACCACGGGAGGCCAGUUCCAGAUGCCGCUCACCAUCGUCGGCGCGGGCGGCACGGCGCCCAACCAGGCGCUGGGCGCGGAGCACUCGCAGCCCUUCCACGCGUACAUCAUGGGCAUCCCGGGGCUCAAGAUUGGCGCCGCCGCCUCGCCCGACGCCGCCUACGGGAUGACCAAGUCGAUGAUCCGCGACAACGGCCCCUGCUUCCUCUUCCUGCCCGUCAAGAUGAUGAAGGAGACCAAGGGCCACGCCGCCGUCGGCGAGUGCAUGCCGAUCAACAAGUGCAAGCUGGUGCACAAGGCGUCGGACGACGCGGUGGCGGGCGGGCGCGCGGUGACAGUCCUCACCUACCUGCACGGCCUCAAGGAGUGCCAGUCGGUCCUGCCCGAGAUCCAGGCCGAGGGGCUCGACAUCGACCUGAUCGAGCUGCGCUCGCUCAAGCCGCUCGACAUGGAGACCAUCCGCGACUCGCUCGCGCGCACGCACAAGGUUGCCAUCCUCGACGAGUCCACCAACUCGGGCGGCGUCGGCGCGACCGUCUCCGCGCUCAUCCACGAGCAGUGCUUCGACCUGCUCGACGCGCCCGUCAAGCGGCUGUGUAUGGACGACGCGCCUGUGCCGUAUGCUUCGUCGAUGGAGGUCGCCGUCGUCAAGCGCGGCUCGGACGUGGUCAAGGCCGUCUUCGACUUUAUGCUCAAGAAGAUCUGAGGCGGGGCGCGAGAGAGGAGGGGGUGAGGGGGGAACCCCCUCCCCCUCCCUCCGUCGGCCUUCCAUUCGCUGUGCACCCUCAGCGGAGAGAGCGACACGGCUGCUGCUGCACCGCACCGCCUCCCGGCGCGGAGGCGGUCGUCUAUGGACAUUUGCGAGGCUCGAGAGGGCGUUGCGUUGCGCGCGGGCGGAUCGCGCACGCUGUGGGUGGGUGGGUGGCGGCGGUCGAUGCGGGUGUAAGAGCAACGGGCGAGUGGUGAGUGACGUGUUUGGGGGGGGGCUCCGCGCCGUGGUGCGCCGGCAUGUUUUUGUUGCAUAUUGUGGAGAGCGAGAGGGGGACGCGCGAGUGUCGCGGUGCGGGGAAAUCUGCACUGGGGCACUUGACGUUAGUUAAUGCUGGGGGUGUGGGGC